CUCCGCCACGGAAAAUGAAAUAGCUCAUUAGCGCAUGACUAAUUAACUAUUAACUAAAACUAACUUGAAUGGAUUAACAUGAUUUUUAAAGCAACCUAUAUAUUUUUUUUAAACACACACCGUUUAACAGUUUGAAAAGCGUACACAGCCUUUAUGUAUGGAAUGAAACCCAUCUGUGCAUCUUUUCCUAUUAUUCCGUUGCAACCGAUAUAAUUGUAUAAAGUUAUAGAAUAUGCGUUAAAUAUACAACAUGAAAAAAAAUUGCACAAUCUCUUAUGCGGAACUAUGGCCACGUUGAUUAUGGAUUUUAGAAUUUCGUUUGCACACUUCCCAAGUUCUUAAACAAUAUAUUUCAUGCAAAAGAACAUUCUACAUAAAUUUUUUUUGGAGUGCUUUUCAACAAUAACGUUUCAAUAUUUCUUUCGUUUAUACCAUUAAAUAGCAAUACAAAAAUUAAAUUAUCCAUCAACUUACAACUAUCUCAAACCGGGCAUAUGAACCCUAUGACUAAUGUGAUUUGGUCCCAAAGUUUGCCCUCCUAGUCGUUUGGUGGCUUCAAUUGAAUUGACAUGUAACCUUAUCCUAUCAAAACUUACGGAUUUGACCCUACCAACAAUCUUACAGGCAUCUUCAUCGUUUGUUCUUCAGCUUAUCAACUCCGACUAAAAACUAUUCUAAGUUGAUAUUGUUGUUUUUCUUCGUAGCUUAUUUUCCAGCGUUGCCAUUUAAGUAUUAAAAACCAUAUACAAAAAUCUUUAUGCACAGAUUAAUCUUAAAUGGUUUAUAAGAAUUACAGCUUAUCAUCAGUUGCAAACCGGUGGUACUGCUUGAGAAAACCAAAGUCUCUUAAUCCUGUGCAGAAUGAGUGUGUCCACAAGCAAUGUGGCCCACCAGGCCGCUGUUAGGCCAGAAUGGGCCUACGCCUGGGCCGCAUCUUCAAUCGGGCUAAAAAAAAGUCAUCAUCUCCGCUCCCACCCAAGAUCCUCUGACGUCUGGGUCCACCGAUCCUCCCCCAUCCCGUCCCAGCCAAUAGCGUCGCGCCCUUCCCCCCACCCGCGGAUCGCGGCCAUCGUUAGACUCAUCCCAGCCGUCCACCUAAUCCGACGCUCCAAACCCCACCCCCCAAAAAUCCCAAAAUUUUUCGCGAUCCCGCGCCUUCCGCCAACUACAAAUACCCCCGCGCCCCCAACCCGAAAUCCCCACGCCUCAAUUCAAAAAAUCCAUUCGAAUUUCGCAGCAAAGAGAUCGAGAGAGAGAUCCAUCAAUCCAUCAUCCAUGGCGCGCACGAAGCAGACGGCGAGGAAGUCGACCGGCGGGAAGGCGCCUCGGAAGCAGCUGGCGACGAAGGCGGCGCGGAAGUCGGCGCCGGCGACCGGCGGCGUGAAGAAGCCGCACCGCUUCCGGCCGGGCACGGUGGCACUCCGGGAGAUCCGCAAGUACCAGAAGAGCACGGAGCUGCUGAUCCGGAAGCUCCCGUUCCAGCGGCUGGUGCGGGAGAUCGCGCAGGACUUCAAGACGGACCUCCGGUUCCAGUCGUCCGCCGUCGCCGCGCUGCAGGAGGCCGCCGAGGCCUACCUCGUCGGCCUCUUCGAGGACACCAACCUCUGCGCCAUCCACGCCAAGCGCGUCACCAUCAUGCCCAAGGACAUCCAGCUCGCCCGCCGCAUCAGGGGCGAGAGGGCUUGAUGCCGUUAUUGUUCGAGUUCAUGGCUUGUUAGAUCUAGAAGUGUUAAUUAACCCAUGGAUCUGUGUUAUCCUGUAAUCACUCGCUUGAAUUGGGUUCGCAUUGAUGGAAUACAAUCUGUUCUUGGCAAAC